AUGGCGACGUGGCUGCUCCUGGUGCUGCUGGUGACCCUCGGGGGGGUCCUGCCUGCCCCUCUGGGGGGUCCCGAGCCCCUCUCGGGGGUGUCCGACCAGGAGCCCAGGGAGAUCCUGAGCCCUGGGCCCCGGGGGGGUCCCGACCCCCUGUCGGCCGUGUCGGACCGGGAGCUCCGCGAUCUCUCCGAGCAGCUCCUCGAGGCCGAUUCGAACCGGGCGGGGCCGGGGCAGCUCGAGCUGAACCUGCAGAGCCCCGAGGGCGACCCGGGAGCCAGAGGUGAGGGGGAGGGGGCUUCCCGUCUGCCGCUGUUUUCCUACGUGUCCCCGGCCCUGCUGUCCCGCCCCACGUUCUCGCUGCUGCUGGCGCUGCUGGACAAUUACGAGGCUCGGACGGGGCUGGCGGAGGAGGUGACGGAGCAGGAGCAGCUCGAGGAGCGGCAGUUCCUGCAGGCAGCGCUCGCCACGCCCGUCCUGGCGCUGCUCGAGAGCUUCGUGCUCAGCAAGGGUCUGUACCCCUCCGCCGAGUCCUUCCGGGCCGACCUUCACUCCAUGUGGUUCGGGCUCUACUCCCGAUCGGGAGGGAAAGUUCUGGAUUCCUCGGGCUUCGAGCACGUGUUCCAUGGGGAGCUGAAGAAGGGGGCGGUGUCCGGGUGUCACAACUGGGUGCAGCUGCAGGCGCUGGAGAGAGCAGGGAGGAUGGAAUACCUGGGGUACACCUGGGAUGGACCCUGGACGGGCUUCCCGGACGUGCUGUCGCUGCGGUUCCGCUGGGACGGGCACCCCAAGGCGCGGGGGUCGCUCCUGGUGGGCUCCAGCCCCGAGUUCGACCUGGCCCUGUUCACCCUCUGCUUCCUGACCCGGCCCGACCGCCCGUGCCACGUCAGCCUGGGAGGUGAGGAGGCCACGAUCCAAACCUACUCGUGGGACAAGAAGAGACUCGUGGCCUCUGCCUACCCCCUGACCCCCUGA